AGUGAUCCUGCUGGAAUAUCUCGCUCAUUCCGAAAUGGCCACAAAGAGUUCAAAGACCAUCCUUAGUGACAGGAAGGAAGUCGCACACAGCAAGGACGUUGUGAGCGGCAGCGACGCGAUCGCGACUGUGGUUGGCGGCACGAAGAAUUCCACCGAGGGCGACAGGAUGGCUACUGAUAUCGUCGUGAGUGGUGGUGAAAAGAAGAAGGCAAUUGGAAAAGUCGAGAACAACACAGAGUCUCCCUUACGGCAGGCCAUGAAUGUGGCAGCAUCCACAGAUGAUUUUGAUCCUCUCAGCAGUGUAUUGCCCAUGCCGCUACCAACAGCAGACAACAAUCAAAAUCAGCAACCUGCUAUGGUGCGUCCUGGAGCAUACGCCGUCGCACCUGGAAUAUACUUCCAGAGAGCCACCUUCCUUAGCCAUUCCCUAGUAGUGGGUGUUCGUUCAGAGGAAUUCAGAAGGGGGGGAUCCGAUGAAGAGCAACCAGCCGGGAAUAGUGAAGGCCGCGCCGUCGGUUUGGCUGUGGCCAACCCAGUAAGUGAAAUUUUCCCCUACCAGCUGCCGCAAGCCUUCAACUUUGAUGACAGUAAACAAGCUGUGAUGAAGAGAAUGCACAACUCCAAGCAAAUCAAAACAUUUCUUCUGCUCGUGAGCAUUGCCCUUACUGCAUUUGGUAUGGUGGUACUCGCCGUUCUGAUCCCGGGAAAUUCCACUGCAGCCACUACUACUGCACCAUCAACGACACAGGUUCCUGCGAUAACAGCAGCACCCAUCUCGAACAAAGGAUUCCUUGAUUCAUUGCUAAACAACUGCACCAUCCAAGGUCAGGAAGACCAUGGGUCGCCUCAGUUCAAAGCCUAUCAAUGGCUGAUGGAAGACUCUGAUAACUUGCCUUUCUACACCAUCCAUCGGAUCAAGCAGAAAUUUGCCCUUGCCACAGUAUUCUAUUCAACUGGUGGUAGCACAUGGGAUGACAACACAAACUGGCUCAACCAUUCUGUCCACGAAUGUGACUGGUUCAGGGCACCAGAUUUUGGCAGGAAAUCAAGAGUAACAAAGUUCUAUCCAGGAUACUUGGAAGGCUUUUUGGAACCUCUUCCAACCACAGUCUGUAACAAUGAUGGGCUUUAUCAACAUCUCUGGCUUGACCAGAACAAUCUUGUGGGAUCUCUUCCUGAAGAGCUGUACAUGUUGACUUCUUUGCGGACAGUAUCAUGUGGCUGGAAUCAACUGGAAGGGACCAUUUCAAGUCACAUUGGACAGCUGACAUCUCUAGAAGGACUCUAUCUACAAAAUCUGCAUCUGACAGGUACUUUACCAACUGCAGUGGGCCUACUAUCAGGCCUCCAAGUCUUCUCUCUGAGUACCAAUCAAAUCGAGGGGUCCAUUCCUUCAGAGGUAUGGCAGCUGACCAAAUUGAGGGAUGUGAGUUUGAGGCGCCUGAAACUGAAGGGCACUCUGCCCUCAGAGAUAGCCGCUCUCUCCAGGUUGAGAUAUUUUCUGCUGGCCGAGUCUGACUUCUCUGGCACAAUUCCAUCAGAGCUGGGUCUACUUGAAUCUCUAAAGGCACUUGGUCUCUACUCAAAUCAAUUCUCAGGCAGUCUGCCAAGCGAGCUGGGUCAGUUGACUGUUCUAUCAGGUUUCCGGUUCUGGGGCAACUAUCUGGAGGGAACCCUCCCUACAGAGUUGGGCCUUGCAACAUCACUGAUCAAUAUUCAUGGAGGGCAGAACCAGUUUUCUGGCCAGAUUCCCAGUGAAUUCGGCAUGCUCACAUAUCUGGAGGCUAUCCUGAGUUUCCAUGACAACUCUCUUACACAAACUAUCCCAACAGAGCUUGGCCUCCUGACUAGGCUUCAAGAGCUCCAGAUCCAAGACAACGAAAUAUCCGGCUGGAUCCCUUCUGAAAUUGGAAAGCUUACCUCACUGGAACACAUGGCCCUUGCCAAUAAUUCUCUGUCGGGUACUCUUCCAGAGGAGCUAUCCAUUCUCAAGCAGUCUCUCCACACAUUAUCUUUGACUGGGAAUCCUUUGCUGUCUGGGUCUGUUCCUGCAACUCUUUGCGCCCUCAAUGGUACCUGUGAUGGAAACAAUUUUGGAUUUGAACCAUGCAGAGAAGCGGGUGGUCUGUCAUUUGACUGCACAGAUAUACUUUGUGGUUGUGAAUGUUAUUGCCCCAAAUGAAGCAUUUAACCGUACAGGGUCAUUGACUGGAUCUCUGCAUGACAUGCAGGCUCCAUGCCAGUGAUCCUGUCUGUCCACACUGUGACACUCCUUACCCAUGUCUACAUCUCUCUUGCAGAAGAAGCCAUUCUUGUAUAGGCAUU